UAUUUAUAAGAGAUAGACUGCGGAAUACUAAAGUGGUGUGGGCACAUCUCCAAAAAAUGGUUGAGGUACAGGGGUGAAAUGAAGUCCCGGGUCUCUAAAGAUCCGAGGUAUGCGCUUAAGGGUUAAAUGUUAAAUUGAGUUUAAAAGUCUUUGAAGAAAAUGAUUUCUAUAAGAAUCUGUCUAUAUCACAAUUCAAUCACAUAUCAUUAAAAAGUGUAUACAUUAAUAGAUAUAACAAAUUCAGCAAAUUGCACGGUUUUUGUAAGUGUGGGUCUCAGGUAAACACAACAAAUAUCUUAUUUUGGUCCUAAGCCAAUAAAGAUCAAGAACCCUUGCCAUAAAUGCAUCUAUCUAUUAUCACAAAUAGAUCUACAAAUCUGAAUCACAAUUAGAUAAAUAAUUAAAUGUUUUGGUUAUUUGUACAUUCACUUGUCUUGCCUGUGAUUACAUUUUGUCUGCCAUCACUAUUAAAACCCAUCUGAUAAACUGAGGAUUUGUCUAGUGUUUUAACAGUAGCAUGUGCACGUAAAAUAUUUCCAUUCAUAUUAUAAAGAUAUUUUAUUGAUACAUUUAUUUAUUUAUUGUAAAAAGCGAUGUUAUGAUGUAUAUAAAACCCGAAAGGUUUCCUAAACUCAUCCACACUCCAGUCCAGUAGUUGGCGGGAAAUCACCAGAAGUUGUUUUGCAAAUCUUCAUGAAACACAAGAAGAACUCACAGUUUGAAUGCUCAGUUCGGUAUAGGUUUUAGGUGUUCAUCAUGAGAGAGCAGGUGGAUAUGAUCUGCUGUAAAUCAGUAGGAACUGAUCUGUCCAUGCUGGAUAUUGAUGAUUUCAUCACAGAAAUCUCUCAGCUGAAGAAAGAGGUGACGUCACUGAAGACAAAGCUGAUGGAGAGAGAGGACAGGUUACAGGAGCUGGAAAAGGUUUCCUGUCAAUCUUCAGUGUGUGUGACUGAUGGGACCUCCACAGAAUGUCAGGAUUCAGUGUGGAGCGGCAGAGAUCAGUCCACACCACAGCGACUGCUGGACAAACUCUCUGAACAGAGAUCCAGAGACACACAGGACUCACAGCUCACUUUACUCUGUUCUACUGAUGGUAAUCAGGGUGAUCAAACCUCCACAGAGUCUCUGACUUCUGUCUGUAACACUGGAGAACAGCAGAUGCUGCAGAUACCAGUGAAGAUGUGUUCAGUGAAGCUGCUGGACUGCAGGAACCUGAUGAAGAUGAGAGGAGAAACCACAGAAGAGGAACAACAGAGUGAUGAAGAUGAUGAUGAUCAAACCUCCACAGAGUCUCUGACUUCUGUCUGUAACGCUGGAGAACAGCAGAUGCUGCAGAUACCAGUGAAAAUUGAAGUGAAGCAGGAGGAGAUAAAUGAAGAAAUCACAGCAGAGGAAGAUCAGAGAGAUGAUGAUUUUAUUUCUUCAGAGCUGAUGGAAGUGAAAGAGGAAAGUCAAGAACCGAUUGAAGUGGAGGAGAAACUUCAGUAUCAGAAACAUCAUGAUUUAUUAACUGGAGAAAAAUCUUUGAGUGACUCAAAGACUAAGAAGAAUUUCUCACCAAAAAAGCCUCAAAGAAGAGCAGCCAAGAAAUAUUUAACCUACUCUCAAUGUGGAAAGAGUUCAACAUGUAAUAAAGAUCUUAAUAUACACAUGAGAGUUCACACCAGAGAGAAACCUUACACGUGCCCACACUGUGGAAAGAGUUUCACUAUUAAAGGAAACCUUGAUGUACACAUGAGAAUUCACACUGGAGAGAAGCCUUUCUCAUGCCGUCAGUGCGGAAAGAGUUUCACAGAUGCAGCCUAUCUCAAGAAACAUCUCACUGGAGAAAAACCUUACAAGUGCUCACACUGUGGAAAAAUUUUUAUUCAGUCACACCACCUAAAAACACAUGAGAGAAUCCAUACUGGAGAAAAACCUUACAUCUGCUCACACUGUGGAAAGAGUUUUACUCAGUUAAUUUCCCUGAAAACACAUGAGAGAAUCCAUACUGGAGAGAAACCUUACAUCUGCUCACACUGUGGAAAGAGUUUCACUCAGUUAAUUUCCCUGAAAACACAUGAGAGAAUCCAUACUGGAGAGAAACCUUACACGUGCUCACACUGUGGAAAGAGUUUCACUCAGUUAAAUUCCCUGCAAACUCACGAGAGAAUCCAUACUGGAGAAAAACCUUACAAGUGCUCACACUGUGGAAAGAGUUUCACUCAGUUAAAUUCCCUGCAAAUUCACGAGAGAAUCCAUACUGGAGAGAAACUUUACAAGUGCUCCCACUGUGAAAAGAGUUUCACUAAGUCACACAACCUAAAAACACACAAGAGAAUCCAUACUGGAGAGAAACCUUACAAGUGCUCCCACUGUGGAAAGAGUUUCACUGAGUCACAAAACCUGAAAACACAUGAGAGAAUUCAUACUGGAGAAAAACCUUAUAAGUGCUCACACUGUGGAAAGAGAUUCACUCAGUUAAAUUCUCUGCAAACUCAUGAGAGAAUCCAUACUGGAGAGAAACUUUACAAGUGCUCACACUGUGAAAAGAGUUUCACUAAGUCACACAACCUAAAAACACACAAGAGAAUCCAUACUGGAGAGAAACCUUACAAGUGCUCACACUGUGAAAUGAGCUUCACUUGGUCAAAGUCCUUAAAAACACAUGAGAGAAUUCAUACAGGAUAGUCUUGUCUAAUUAUUGUAAUGACUCUUCUCCACCAGAAGAUGGCAGCACCUGCAAUCAUUAAACUACAUGCACGUAUUGGUGGUGUGAUGCUGUACAACUCGCGUCUUGAGAACAUUUUAUGUAUGUACUGUAUUGUUGUUCUUGUGUUCCAGAUGACCAGGUGCUGAUGUGAGCAGAACCCCACUAAAUGUAAACAUUUGCAAAAGCAAUGUAUUGAAGUUUUUUUGUUUUUUUCCAUGAGAUAGCUGUAUAAAAUCCUAAUUUUUACAACUGUUGUUUUUUGGAGUACGUACACUCAAUGAGCACUUUAUUAGGAACCCUGUAAUAAUACUGGGUAGGGCCUCCCUUUGCUCUCAAAGCAGCCUCAAUUCUUCAUGGAAUGUUAGAAACAUUCCUUUCAGAUUCUGGUCCAUGUUGACAUGAUUACAUCACGCAAUUUCUGCAGAUUUGCCAGCUGCACAUUCAUGCUGCAAAUCUCCCAUUCUACCACAUCCCAAAUGCUAUUCUGUUCUAUUGAAUUCAGAUCUGGUGACUUGAAAGGCCACUGAAGAACUGUGAACUCAUUGUCAUGUUCAUGAAACCAGUUUGAGACGACUUUUGAUUUGUGACCUGGUGCAUUAUCAUGUUGGAAAUAGCCACUAGAAGAUGGGUAAAUUGUGGCCAUGAAGGGAUGCACAUGUUUAGCAACAAUACUCAAAUAGGCUAUGGCACUCAAAUGAUGAUUGAUUGGUAUUAAUAGGUCCAAAGUAUGCUAAGACAUUCCCCACACCAUUACACCACCACCACCAGGCUGGACUGUUGGCACAAGGCAGGUUUGGUCCAUGGAUUCAUGCUGUUGGUGCCAGAUUCUUACCCUACCAUCUGUGUGCCUCAGCAAAAAUUGAGAUUUGUCAAAUCAGGCUACAUUUUUCCAUUUUUCAACUGUCCAGUUUUGGAGAGCCUGUGCCCACUGCAGCCUCAGCUUUCUGUUCUUGGCUGACAGAAGUGGAACCCGACGUGGUCUUCUGCUGUUGUAGCCCAUCUGCCUGAAGGUUGGACAUGUUGUGCAUUCUGAAAUGCUAUUCCGCUCACUACAAUUGUACAGAGCGGUUAUUUGAGUUACCAUAGCCUUUCUGUCAGCUCGAUCCAUUCUGGCCAUUUUCUUUUGACCUCUCAUCAACAAGGCAUUUCUGUCCACAGAAGUGUACUAUUUUGUGUAAACUCUAGAGUCUGUUGUGUUUGAAAAUCCCAGGAAAUCAGCAGUUACAAAAUACUCAAACCAGCCUGUCUGGCACCAACAAUCAUGCCACGGUCAAUCACUGAGAUCACAUUUUUCCCCAUUCUGAUGGCUGAUGUGAACAUUAACUGAAGCUCCUGACCCGUAUCUACAGAACUUUAUACAUUGCACUGCUGCCACAUGAUUGGCAGAUUAGAUAAUCACAUGAAUAUGUAGGUGUGCAGGUGUUUCUAAUAAAGUGCUCAGUGAGUGUAGUUUUCUAUUCUGACUAGUGGUGAUUGCUUCAAAGGAAUAUUCCAGGUUCAGUACAAGUUAUAGCUCAAUCAGAAGCAUUUGUGGCAUAAAGUUGAUUACAACAAAAAACAACUUUGUCUCAUCCCUCCUUUAAAAAAAAGAGCAAAAAUAGAGGUUACAGUGAGGCACUUGCAAUGAAAAUGAAUGGGGACAAUUUUUUGAGAAAUGGGAAGUUUAUAAUUUUGGAAAGGUACUUUAAUUUUUUUUUUUUUUUUUUUUAAUAUAUCCCCCUUUCUCCCCAAUUUGGCAUUCCCAAUACCCAAUGUGCUCUAAGUCCUUGUGGUGGCGUAGUGACUCGCCUCAAUCCGGGUGCGGAGGAUGAAUCUCAGUUGCCUCCGCGUCUGAGACAGUCAAUCCUCGCAGCUUAUUACGUGCCUUGUUGAGCGCGUUACCGCAAAGACCUAGCGCGUGUGGAGGCUCACACUGUUCUCUGCGGCAUCCACGCACAACUCACCACGUGCCCCACUGAGAGCGAGAACCACAUUAUAUUAGGGCUGCACAAUUAAUCGAAAAACUAAUCGCGAUUACGAUUACUGCUGCCACGAUUAUGUAAUCGUGAAAACUGAUGAUUACAGCAUUCAAUUUAAAUCUGCUCCUGUUGCAUCAAUGGUUUCCAUUUACAAUGUGUUUUUUCAGCGGUUGAGUAUUCUAACCAAUAACUAUCACGUUCUGCAAACUAAAUAUCUGCUCAAGAUGGCGCCGAGUAUGGCUGCUGCGUUGCGAGCUCCGACACAACAUGGUAGUGUUUUGUUUGUUUUGUUUACAAUUCUUAUGUUUUUUGUCUUGGAUGUUGUCUGCCUUAUUGUCUACGACAGACAAACACUUUUGGACAUUGGUUCAGCAAUUUCACACUGUAAACCGGACUUCAAAUUCCUCAAUGCCAACCCGCUGUUUACAAACACGUAAGCGGAGCCCUUUGUCUGUGCUGCUCAGCCGCGGAAACGCAGGAGGAAAAGGGGAAACAGGGCCGGCGUUCUCAUCAGUGUAAGACGCCAUGCAAAUCGACCCCCGCUACCCGGUAUUCUACUGGCAAAUGUUCAGUCUCUGGAUAGCAAGCUCUGCGAGCUGAAAGCACAGAUCUCUUUCCAACGAGAGGCGAGGGACUGCUGCAUUAUCUGCCUUAUGGAAACUUGGAUGUUUGCGGAGAUUCCAGACUCAGCCAUUGAACCCGCGGGGUUCUCCGUGCACCGAGCGGACAGAGUGAAAGACCUCUCAGGUAAAAGCAGAGGUGGUGGUGUAUGUUUUAUGAUCAACAAAUCCUGGUGUGAUCAGAGGAACGUACAUUCUAUCAAGUCUUUCUGCUCUCCUGAGCUGGAAUUUCUCAUGCUUCUGUGUCGACCAUUCUGGCUACCGAGGGAAUUCACAGCGGUCAUUAUCACUGCUGUGUACAUCCCGCCACAAGCCGACACAGACCGGGCACUCAAGGAACUGUAUGGGAUUAUAAGCAAGCAGGAAACCGCACACCCUGAGGCCGUGUUCAUUGUGACCGGGGACUUUAAUAAAGCCAGCUUCAAAUCAGUCGCACCAAAAUACCACCAGCACAUUAGUUUCAACACACGAGGGGACUGGGUUUUGGACCACUGCUACUCUCCCUUCUGGGAUGGCUACAAAUCCCUCCCCCGCCCACCAUUUGGCAAAUCGGACCACUCUUCCAUUCUGCUUCUGCCCGCUUACAGGCAGAAACUGAAACAGGAAGCACCCACCCUCAGAAUGAUCCAGUGCUGUCGGACCAAUUAGACUCUACGCUACAGGACUGUUUUGAUCACAUGGACUGGGAGAUGUUCCUGUCCGCCUCUUAUGACGACAUCGAGCUUUACGCUGAUAGCGUAAUGUGUUUCAUCAAAAAGUGCAUAGAGGACGUUGUUCCAACCAGAACAACACGGAUCUUUUCGAACCAGAAGCCAUGGUUUAAUAGCGAUGUUCACGUGGCACUUAAUGUGAGGACCUCCGCUUUUAAUUCCGGGAAUGCGGAGGAGCAUAAAUCAGAACAGCAAAACGCCAGUACAGGAACAAGAUUGAAGGACAGUUCAACACCACCAACUCUAGAAGCAUGUGGCAGGGAAUUAACAUCAUCACGGACUUCAAAGGGAAUAAAAACUCCGCCAUGAACACCGCUGCCUCUCUCCCGGAUGAGCUAAAUACUUUUUAUGCUCGUUUUGAGGGAAAUAACACCGCCCUCGUGGAGAGAGCUCUCGCGGCUGAAGCUACAGAGGUUAGUUCACUCUCCGUUUCUGUAGCGGAUGUAACCCGAUCCUUCCGACGGGUGAAUAUCCGCAAAGCCGCGGGCCCAGACGGCAUUCCGGGCCGCGUCAUCAGAGCGUGCUGAACCAGCUGGCUGGUGUUUUCACUGACAUUUUCAACCUUUUCCUCUCUUUGUCUGUAGUCCCCACAUGCUUUAAAACAUCCACCAUUGUGCCUGUUCCAAAGCAAACAAAAAUCACUUGCUUAAAUGAUUGGCGUCCUGUUGCUCUGACCCCCAUCAUCAGCAAAUGCUUUGAGAGACUAACCAGAGAUUACAUCUGCUCUGUGCUGCCUCUCUCUCUAGACCCAUUGCAGUUUGCUUACUUCAACAACCGCUCCACUGAUGAACCUGGAAAAAAAGAACACUUAUGUGAGAAUGUUGUUUGUAGACUACAGCUCAGCGUUCAAAUCAAAUCAAAUCAAAUCACUUUAUUGUCACACAGCCAUAUACACAAGUGCAAUGGUGUGUGAAAUUCUUGGGUGCAGUUCCGAUCAACAUAGCAGUCGUGACAGUGAUGAGACAUAUACCAAUUUACAAUAACAUCAAAUUAACACAACACAAUUUAAACAUCUGUUAUACAUAAUUACACUCAACUUAAAACAUCACAUUAACACAACACAAUUUAAGCAUCUGUUAUACACAUAAUUACACUCAACUUAAAACAUCAAAUUAACACAACACAAUUUAAGCAUCUGUUAUACACAUAAUUACACUCAACUUAAAACAUCAAAUUAACACAACACAAUUUAAGCAUCUGUUAUACACAUAAUUACACUCAACUUAAAACAUCACAUUAACACAACACAAUUUAAACAUCUGUUAUACAUAAUUACACUCAACUUAAAACAUCACAUUAACACAACACAAUUUAAACAUCUGUUAUACACAUAAUUACACUCAACAAUAUACAAAUAAUAACAUACACUGUACAGUAUACAAUAUGCUGUUUUUUUUUUUUUUGUUUGUUUUUUACUAUAUAGAUACUAUAUAGAUAG